CAAGUAGCACAAAGCGACUCGGCGCAGCGUCAUCUGCUUCUGUUGUAUACAUUCCUACGAAGCACCAUGAUGCCCUCUAAUACGAUAGACGCUUCGUCCUCGUCCGCUCCGCCGCCUCCCAACCCGGUGCUAACCGCCUACGAAGACUUUCGCAGGAAUACACCAGUCGUCACACGUUCGAUCCUCACCGUCCUAGUCUUGUCUUAUCUUCUCUCGUGGGUCAUUGAUCCGCACUUUGCCAUGGCAAACAUUCCACAGUUUUCCGUCUUCGGAUUCGAAAUUUACCGGAUUUUGACGAGUCCGUUGGUUAAUACUCGCUUCUUCUCGUUGCUGUUCGCAUUUCUGUCCUUUACCUCGCAAGGAAAGCGAAUGGAAAAUUCCAUGGGAUCGACAGCGUUUGGAGUGUUGUGUUUGACCAUGGGAGUACUGGCUAAUGUACUAUUUCUGGUGACCAAUGUCCUGCUCUACUAUGUGUCGGGUGGAGAACAGGCUUUUCUGUUUACGGCAGCCGCUGGGAUAUGGUUGAUUCUCUUCGGGAUCAUCGCAAUGGAAUGUGUACAGGCACCUCGUGGAACCCAACGGCCGCUUUUCUUUUGUAAAAUUCCGACCAUCUACUAUCCGUUGGCCUUGUUCGCCGUCUUUGGCUUGUUCGGGCAGUCGUUCUCCGUGGCAAAUCUCAUUUCCAUGGGGAUAGGAUACGCGUACGGAUUCGGUUACUUGGAUGGCCUUAAACCCAGCGCGCCGCGGAUUUCCCAAUGGGAGGAGACGAUACUAGCAGACUGGACCCGCAACGAAGGAUGGGUGGCUGGCCAGGCAAUCCUGGGUAGUGAUGCAUGGAGCGAGGCCAACGGGGGCUCUGCCUCGGAGGGAAUGAGCUUACCUACAAUGCAACGAGGUUCAGCACAACGCACCAGUGCGGUUUCCGAAGCUACGGGAUCUGCUCGUGCUGGAUCGGUUUUUCGCAGCGGAAUUCGAGAGGACGCGAACAACGCUGCUGACCACGCAUCGUUGCUAGCCAAUGCCGGGUCGGGGCAUACCCUGGGGACAACCUCACGGAGGCCCACGGAUCCCCGAACGGCACGAUUAGAAGCGCUGGAACGCCGGGGGAUCGUGGGCGACAAUGCCGUCUGA